AUGCAGUUUGUUGGUAAUUUUCCUAAGGGUGAUUUUCCAAAAAAUGGCUUUAUGAAAAUUCUGUACACAGACCAAAAAGGAGACAACACAUUGGCCGCAACGUUCUUCAAACCAAAUAGCGCCAGACGAAUGUUUCCAUGUUGGGACGAACCAGGGUUAAAAGCUACCUUCAGCAUCUCCGUCAUGCAUCGUCAGGAAUAUAAAGUAAUGUCGAAUAUGCUGGUGCAAAAGCAGUACAACGUAGGAAAUGGCAUGAUGUGGACACACUUCCAUCACACUCCUACAAUGUCCACUUAUCUCGUGGGAAUUGUGAUUGUACCUAAUUUCUUUCGCGUUGGAAACGCAGUCAGCGUGUGGUGCAAAUGGUCUUUGCAACCGCAAGCAAGAUUCGUGCGUACUAUUGCCGAAAAGGUCAUGCCGCUGCUGGAAUGGUAUACCGACAGAUUCAAAGGAACAACAAAAAUAGAUCACGUUAUGGUACCAAAUUAUCCCGUCAACGGCAUGGAAACUUGGGGACUCAUCAUUUACGACGAAUCAAAAGUUGUCUACGAUGAAAGCACAGAUCCCACAUUUCGGAGAAGAGAAGUAGCGUCGUUAGUAGCAAAUAAACUCGUACAUCAAUGGUUCAGCAAUUACGUCACCCCAUCUUGGUGGUCCCACGUGUGGAUAAGCGAAGGAUUUGCUGCGUUCUUCGAGGCGUAUUUCCUCAACAAGAUAUUUGAAGACUGGCGGACAAUGGAUUUUCUCGUGACUGAACGCAUGCACGAUUCUCUCUAUUUAGAUACUGGCUCUUUGGAUUCUAUUACAUUGAAACUUCACAAUACUUUGGAGUACAAUGAACUCUUCGGUAACGAAGUUUUUAACAAAGCUCCAGCAAUAUUGCGCAUGUUAUAUCAUGCAGUAGGCGAAAAGGUAUUUCGAAAGGGUAUCAUCACAUAUUUAGGCAAAAAUUCAUUUGGGUCGGUCACUUCUGAUGAUUUGUGGAACGCCAUGCAAAGUGCUCUACAGAUGGCCCCUUAUAUCCCUUAUAUGCAUGAACAACAAGAUUUUAAAAUAAAAGAUGUGAUGGACACGUGGAUAAACCAAAAUCGUUAUCCUGUGCUAAAUGUGACGAUAAAUUACGAAACUGGCGAAGUAGCAGUAACACAAAAAUGUUUCCGCGCAACUAAACGUAUCAAUAAUAAUGAAUGGUGGAUACCCAUGACCUACACCGACCAGAGCAAUUUGGAUUUCUCCCGUACUAUGCCCAAUAAUUGGUUAGGACCAAAUCAAACUAGUAGAGUGGAAAUUAAUACAAGAGAUUGGAUUAUUGUUAAUGUACAACAAACUGCAUACUGUCGUGUCUAUUACGAUACUACAAAUAUGGAAAGAAUCAUACGUUACUUGAAUUCUGAAGAAUACACGAAAAUACAUGUUCUCAAUCGUGCUCAAAUUGUCGAUGAUGCAUUUGCCUUUUUGCUGGAAGACCAAUUAGAUAGUUCCUCAUACAUAUCAGAAAUUUUCGAUGGGCUUCUUCAGAAGAUAGGAUACGAAGAAAAUCCUAAUGAUGACGAUAUCACAAAGAUGCUAAGGCUAGAUGCCACGAAAUGGGCAUGUACCGUCGGUCACGCGGAAUGCAAGAGAAGGGCUGCCGUUAAAUUGAGCGAACAUCUCACAAAUCCUGAUACCCACAAAGUUCCACAAUGGUGGCAAGAUUGGACGUAUUGCUUUGGUUUGACGGUAGCUAAUAGGACUACUUGGGAGAAAAUGAUAGAACUAUAUCAGCGAAUAUCUGAUAAGAAACUUUGGAAAACAUUGAAUUGCGCUGAAAAUCCUAAUAUCAUUAUCAACUAUUUGAAUAUUAUAGCAUCGAAUACUACAUUAUUUAACCAUAUAGAUCAUGCAUUUAUCUUCAAUUUAAUUCUUCAAAACCAUGCACGCAACGAUUUGGUCCUUGACUACAUAUUAGAAAAUUUUGAUAAUAUAAAACCCAGAUCACUUCCUACCUACCUAACAAUACAAAAUAUUAUUUGGAGUGUUUUUUCUAACCAACAAAUAUCCAAGGUAAAAAAAUUCGCAGAAACUUAUUUUCAUCAAGAUUCAGACACAUUGUUAACCAUUAUAAACACGAUAAAAAGGCAUAAAAAGAAUCUUAAACAGUCCGUGGAUACUUUUACAAAGCAUUUUGGGAAACAUUAA